AUGAAGCUUAUCAUUCUUGCCUGCCUUGCCGCCGUGGCUGUUGCCACUCCUCAGUUCGAGGACCGAGUGGUUGCCCUCCUUCGUGAUGACCGCAUAGCCAACGAAGACGGCACCUUCUCGUACGCCGUGGAAGCCGACAACGGCAUCAACACAGCCGUUGAAGGAGUUGUUGGAUCAGCUGGUCAGAUCAACCAGGCAGGAUCUUACACCUAUACCCUUGCUGACGGCACUCAGGCUGUGGUCACCUUCGUCGCCAACGAGAACGGCUUCCAGCCCCAGUCCGAUAUCCUGCCCACUCCUCAUCCUCUCCCUGCCCACGUCUUUGAGCUAUUGGAAAUCGCCGAGCGUCAACGUGCUGCGGGCAUCUUACAUUAUGCCACGAUUUCUUUAAAUCAUGGCCUUAGACCAUACUUCAUUUAG